AAGAGGUUAAUUAAUCAGAGAGACAAAACCUUACCUCUGCUGAAUUCCAAUACAGAGUGGUCCUCUCCUCUCCAUUUGAUGCGUGUGUACCAGUCUUCGAUGAGGCUCCUUCUUUGCAAUCAUAUCUCUUUUUCUAUUUUGUCCCCUUCUUAAUUCUUAUUUCUUUUUUUGUCCCAAGUAAAAGGGAGUUUCCUCAUAUUUGACAAACCUCAAACUCUUAGGAAACCAUUCUCACACACACACACAUCUCUGAAAUUGGUCUUCUAAGAAUAAAGAAAAGAUGGGCAAUGAAAACCAUCAACACCAUCAUCAAUUGUACCAUCAAAGAAGCACAUUCCUUCCAAUGCUAUGUUCAAGGCCAUCCAUCAAAGACGUGAGUCUUCCACGGUGGAUAAACCGUCCUUCCUCCACAUGCCAUGACCCUUUAUCCCCAAGAAUCGGUUGCAUGGGUCAGGUCAAGAGGAACAACAAAAUUGCUGGCUUUCCAACCUCACACAGACUCAGUUUCACAAGCAGUAGUAAAAGCAGCACCACAACCUCACCAGUUGUCAAGCUCAAAAAACUCUUCUCUGCUAAGAACUUGAGCACAGCCACAACUACCACAGCCUCCACUGCUAGGCAACGAGUUGUGUCCAAAAAUCAUAAGUGCAAUAGAAAUGAGAAUCUUGUUCCCAUUAGCAUUGAUGACAUGGAUCCUCCUUUGCCUGUGAUUAAGAGAGUGCCCAAGUUUGAAGAAGGUGGUAACAUGGUCGAUAGUCUUUGGAAAAGAAGAUCAGGUGCGCCUGCAAUCAAAAGUUUACAGCUUCAACAGAUUCACCAUCCUAGGAUUUGUCUUCAGCCACCCACUGUUUGAUGCGAAAUGUCAUUUCACGUGAGACAGAUCCAGAUUUAUUUUAUUUUAUUUUUUCUUUUGUUUCUUUUUUCUUCCCCCUCUUUUUAUUCAGAUUUUUUUUGCA